UCGCAGACUUUUGGAAAUGCCCGAAUAAUCCUUUGAGGUUGGCUGUAACAUGAAGCCACUUCAAGUUCAGGUCAUGUCACAUAAACAGAGCGCGAGUCGCCAGCUCUGCCAGUGAACUGAACUCAGGGCCGCACUAUGCCGCCGCCAGCGCCACCGGGAGUCCAGGGCUGGAUCGCCCUGCUGCUGAAGCUGCUGCUGCUGCUCGUCCAGGUGUCCGGUCUACCGUACGAAUACACCGUCAUCAAUGAAAACUGUCCUGGGGCCGAGUGGAACAUCAUGUGCCGAGGGUGCUGUGAGUACGAUCAGAUCCGCUGCAAGUGUCCGAACCAGGGGGACGUCAUUGGCUAUGCUGUGCCGUGCUGUAGGAAUGAGGCGAAUGAGUGUGACCCUUGCAUUAUUCACCCAGGAUGCAGCAUAUUUGAGAACUGCAAGCGCUGCAACAAUGGAACGUGGGGAGUUCAGGACGACUUCUUCAUCAAAGGAAAGUACUGCUCUGAGUGCAGAACCGGCUGGUCUGGAGGAGACUGCAUGAAGUGUGGUGGAGUGAUCAAUGCCAAAAGAGGUUAUAUCGCCAUUGAAAGCUACCCGACUAAUGCACACUGCGAAUGGACGCUGAACGUGAAUCCACAGUUCACCAUUGAAUUACGGUUUUCCAUGCUCAGCCUAGAAUUUGACUACUCGUGCCGCUACGAUUACGUUGAGGUGCGAGACGGUGACAAUGUGGACGCCCAGGUGAUCGGCCGUUUCUGUGGAAACGAGAGGCCCCCUCCAAUCAGAAGCACGGGACACUCUCUGCACGUCCUCUUUGUCUCUGACGGAUAUAAAAGUUUCGAUGGGUUUCAUCUUAGCUUUGCAGAAAGUUCAGCUUGCUUGUCCUCCCCUUGCCUACACGAUGGGACUUGCCUCCUGGAUGCCACACGCUCCUUUAGAUGUGCCUGCCUGGCUGGCUAUACAGGCAAACAGUGCGAAAACUUGGUGAUGUGCAGGAGCCCUGCAGUGCCUCCUCAUGGAAUGAUAACCGGCGAUGACUUCCGCUUUGGGGCGCAGGUGACUUUCCACUGUGAAGCUGGCUUUCACCUCGAAGGAAACCGCAAGGCCACCUGCCAGCUGGAUGGGACGUGGAGCUCAGAGAUGCCGCUGUGUGUGCCAGACAAGAAAAUGUGCCUUGACCCCGGGCCUUUCCUGAAUGGAUAUCACCUGCUUGUCCUCGGUGCAGAUGACACUCCGAUCAUUGUGCAGUUCUUCUGUAACAGUUCAUAUAAACUAAAUGGUGAAUUUGAGCUGAUGUGCCAGCCUGAUGGAACCUGGAGCGGGCAAAUCCCACAAUGUGUUAAACUACCUGAAAAGAAGCAUUGUAAGGAGCCUGAAGCACCUGUGAAUGGCUACUACAUACUUUCAAGGGGUCCUGGUGAUACCAUCAUCGCGGCUCAGUUCUUCUGCAACAACACAUUUGCUCUGAGUGGAAAUCCCCAGCGCACCUGCCAGCAGGAUGGCACCUGGAGUGGAAAAACCCCUGUGUGUGUCAAAGGUUGUCGAGAACCCAAAGUCUCAGAUAUGGUGAGACAGAAGGUUUUGCCUCCGCACGUUACAUCGAGGACGACCCCAGUGCACAAGUUCUACUCCUUCUACUCUUCUUCUUCCUCUUCUACUUCGAUUAAACUGCAGAACGAGGUGUCGCCAACCAAAGGCCCACCAGUGGUGGAAGAAUUACCACCUGGCUUUCAUCCCCUCUACACACAGCUGGAAUACGAAUGUGCGUCACCCUUCUACCAUCAGACUGGAAGCACCCGCCGCAAGUGUCUGAAGACUGGCAGAUGGAGUGGUCGUCAUGCCACCUGCCUUCCAGUGUGCGGAAAAUUUCCAAACCUGAAUCUUCAGAAACUCUCUGAUGCCCGCUGGCCCUGGCAGGCUGCCGUCUAUCGUCGCUCCACCAAAAUCCUGAAAAAUGAAAGCUUCAAAGAUGAUUGGCAACUCAUCUGUACCGGUGCCCUCAUCAACCAGCGCAGCGUCCUGGUGGCGGCCCACUGCGUCACGGAGCUCGGCAAACUGAAUGUCAUCAAGACAGCCGAUAUUCAGGUGGUCGUGGGGAAACACCACCUGAGUGACACCAAAGAAACGAAAGAACAGCAACAACUCAGGAUUUCUGCUGUCAUUCUUCACCCAAACUAUGACUCGUUAGUCCUGGACGCUGAUCUUGCCAUGGUUAAGCUACUAGACAAAGCCCGAAUCAAUGAAAAGGUUCAACCAAUUUGCUUACCUGAAGCUCAGAGCGUGGACAGCUCUCAGCCCCAGGCCUUUGUGACUGGCUGGACCAUCCUGAGUGAAGGUGUGCAUGUUCCUGAAAAUGAGACCACCAGAGUAGGUGCCAUCGAACUGGGGGACACUGUGGACUGUGAACAGCAGUAUGCUCAGAAUGGCAUCUCAGUGAGUAUCACCGAGAACAUGUUCUGUGCGAGAGAGAGCAAGCACCAGUUCUCCAACAUCUGCCCCUCCGAUACCGGGGGCAUCGCCAUCUUCCCAGUUUCCUCAACUUCUACUGCUGGUGGUCAGAAGGAUUCUGGACUUGUCUGGCAACUGCUAGGCCUGGUGAGCUGGGGAUACGAACAAGCCUGCAAGCCGGGCCUUUACACGGUCUACACACGGGUUGCCAGCUUCAAGGACUGGAUAGAAAAGAACAUGAAAUAGCGAGAGCGGGUCCGUCGUUUUUCUGCUGUAAUGAACUCUGCACCUUGAGCGACCGUUUGCCCCUACUAAUGCAGGGAAUAUAACAAUGCAAACAAGUCAAUGGCCUACGCUCCUACGUAUCUGCCAUCCUCAUGAAAUCGUAUUCCGGGAAGAUCAUUUAAUACAAAAUCGAAACUAUCAAUAAACUCACUAAAAUCAUGGAUGACUCAAGGAUGGCGUCAGUGAG